AUAAUGUUUAAUUAUUUUAAAUUAUAUUUAAUAUGUGAUCAAUCAAAGCCUCAAAGCAGAAGACAUGCCGGCGAUUUCAAUCCCUUCCCUCCUCUGCGGCCACCACUAUCGCCUCCACCCUCGGCUAACCACCGCACUAUCGUCUAUAGGCCACUUGAAUUUCUCUUUCUUUUCCAAGUCACGCUCCGGCUGUAGACAUCUCUCCAAUUCGUCUACCUCGUUAUGUGCAGAACCAUCUGCACCCUUGCCCGCCGCAAAUUCUCGGUCUGGCAGGUCCGGCUCUCUCUCUGGACCUUCGCUACAAAUUGACGGCGUGCGGAAAAUAGAUGUCAAUCCCCCAAAAGGCACCCGGGACUUCCCCCCUGAAGACAUGCGUCUUCGCAGUUGGCUCUUUCAGAACUUCAGAGAGGUUUCACAGCUGUUUGGGUUUGAAGAGGUGGAUUUUCCAGUGCUAGAGUCAGAGACUCUGUUUAUUAGGAAGGCUGGGGAGGAGAUUAGAGACCAGCUUUACUGUUUUGAAGACCGGGGAAACCGCCGAGUUGCAUUGAGGCCUGAACUCACUCCUUCCUUGGCGCGACUUGUGAUGCAGAAAGGGUACUUGUGCCAGGCUUUGAUCUCCAUGUUUUUUUCAUGUCCAGAAAAUCAGUGCCUCUUCCACUAAAAUGGUUUGCCAUUGGGCAGUGCUGGCGCUAUGAGAGAAUGACUAGGGGCCGACGUCGUGAACAUUACCAGUGGAACAUGGAUAUCAUUGGUGUGCCUGAUGUUACUGCUGAAGCUGAGCUUAUAUCCUCAAUCAUAACCUUUUUCAAACGCAUUGGCAUCACAGCUUCGGACGUUGGAUUUAAGGUCUCUAGUCGGAAGGUUUUGCAAGAAGUACUGAAUUGCUACUCUGUUCCUGAAACUAUGUUCAGUAGGGUGUGCAUAAUUAUUGACAAGGUCAACCUUAUUCCGUGGCAUGUAUUAUUCUGAAGUUGCAUUAUCUACCAUUUGAUCAUCUUUUACCAUAUUUUUUGUUGCUUGAUUUCACCCUCAAUAACUUGUCAUGUAGCAACAUGUGAACAACAAUUUCAUUUUUUCUUAUUGCUUGCAAAAUACGUUCUAUUCUUCUGUGAUGUGAUGUCUUCCACACUCUAGAAUCUAAAUGUUGUUUACCACUGUCACACGGAGAGAUUGUGUCUCACUUGACCCAGACAUUGAAAUCUCAUGAUCUAAUUCUCAAGAAAAAUUCACACUUUUGCAUUAGAAGUUAAGGGUUAUGCUUGAUGAGUCAGGCUGGACCACUGGAAGCAGAAAGAUAUUUUGUGUGUGAUGGGACUGUAGCAAGAAAUAGCAAUAAUUCAAGCAGAAACUCUUCUGUAACAUUACUCUUUUCCUUGGUGCUAAACUGUUAUUUUAUUACAAAUGAGUAAGUGAUCAAUGUUCUAAUAGGUCCUCUAAACAGCUGAGGGUAUGAUU